GGUGAACUUUAAGUUGAGAAGCGAGAACGUCUUGCCUGAUAUCGGCCGUUAUACGAACGAUUGUUUGAUGUUGCAAAGAGAAAUAUAUAAACACUAUAGAUAGUUCAAUGUUCGUUUCAAGCUAGCGCGAGGUUUAAGACGUCAAUGGCUUGCAUUCGUUGUGCAUGUUGCUUGGAACGAUUGGUGAAGUAACGAAGCAGUUCUUGUGAUUCGCAUAUUUGCUCAAAUUUGACAGUGAACGUGGACACAAUGGCUGGAACCCGAGACGAGAUUUUGGCCGAUUUUCAGGCUUGUACUGGAAUCGACGAUGUUGGACAUGCCAUUAAAUAUUUAGAGGAAUCAAGUUGGGAUUUAUUGGUAGCAAUAAAUCAAGCCAUGCCUAGUGAUACGCAACAACUACCCUCUGAAAUGAGUCCUGAUAUAGAAAUGAUAGAGGAAAUUGAAAGGAUGCCACAUUCAUCUUCAUCAUCAGCAUCUCAAACUGUUAAUGAUACAAAGAAUAGCACGAAAGUGGAUGUUAUAGAAAAUUCAAAGCCAGGAACAAGUAAAUAUAAAAAUUAUGCAAGAGCAAGAACACUCACAUUCUGUGUUAAUUACCUUAGUAACGUUCACAUAAUAAAUAUACCUGAGUCUUCAUCUGUGAGGGAUCUGAAGCAACUUAUAUGGGAACGGACAAAUAUACCAAAAUGUGAACAACAUCUCCGUGGAUGGAAAAAAGUACCAGAGUCACUUUCUACACCAUUACACACAUUAGAUUUGCCAAAAGAAAAUACCUUGUAUAUGUCAACUUUGCUAGAUUUUAUGACUGAUGACGAUAAGUCAAAGUGUGCAGAACGUAUGACUCAAAUAUACACCUUAAAUAUCAAAGAUGAAACACAUAAGAAAACGUACAAUUUAAAGUUUGGUGGAUCGAGCACUGUCUUGGAUGUAAAAUCUGGUAUAGAUGCAUUGAUAAAUGUUCCUAUUCGAAAUCAGCAAUGGAAAGGUUGGCCCAGUACAGUGAAAAAUGAUAGCAUAAUGCUAGCACAAACUGGAAUCUCUUAUCCAGAACAUGAUCUAUCCGUUACCGAGCUACCUUCGAAAGAGGAAACAAAGGAAGUUAUAGACCUGGUUGAAAGCGAUAGUUCUUUAGAUGAAGCAUAUGACGUAGAGGAUUCAUUCAAUGUUGAUGAUGAUAUUUUCAUAGAUAUUAAAACUACUAAAAUUCAACGUCUUAUGCCUGAUAGUGUUACGGACGAGACUGUGGGAACACUGCAUUUUGCCGAAAAAUUUGAAAAACGAUAUGGGCCAGCGCAUCCAGAAUUUUUUACAGGCAGAUUUAAGGAUGUUGUUAAAGAGUCAUGUUUAAAACCGGCGAAAGAGAGAAAAUUGUUAGCUGUUUAUUUACAUCACGAUAACAGUAUACUAGCGAAUGUAUUUUGCACUGAAUUGUUAGGCUUCGAAACGGUAUUGCAAGUAUUGUCUGCAAAUUUCAUUGUAUGGGGUUGGGAUAUUACUUCUGAAUCUAAUAAGCAGAGGUUUCUUUUAUCAGUCAAAGAGACACUAGGAUCAGUAGCAGCGUUGGCUAUGAAGAAUAUAGACGUUGACACAUUACCCGUUCUUGUAAUCAUAAUGAGAAUCCGAUCGAAUACAGAAAUAUUUACAACAGUUCAUGGUAACGUGGGGGUCAGUGAAUUGCUGACCAAUUUAAUUCACGCCGUAGAUGUAUUUCAGGAAUAUAGACGCGCUGAUAUCGAAGUCGAAGAAGAAAGACAAGAGAGAGAAAGGGUGAAGCAAGAACAAGAUAGAGCGUAUCAAGAAAGUUUAGCAGCAGAUAGAGCAAAAGAGAAAGCGAAAGAGCAGAAGAAAAUGGAAGAAGAGCUAGAGAAGAGACGGAAAGAGGAGGCAGAAAAUGAGAAGUUGGUCGAAGAAGCAAAAAAGGAAGCUCAUAGACGAGCCCUAGAAGACAAUCUUCCACCUGAACCACAGCAAGCGGUAGGAGAUGGUGUACUGAAAGUCAAAGUAUGGCUACCAGCUGGGAAAUAUCUGGAGCGCAGAUUUCAGUCAGACACGCCGUUACAAACGCUUCUUAAUUUUCUCAUCGUGGAGGGUUAUCCUACAGAAGAGUAUAAGGUCCUAUGUAGUUGGCCUCGAAGGGAUUUGACGUCUAUGGAUUCGCAACUUACUCUCAUGGACCUAAAAUUCUGUCCUCAAGAAACGGUAAUUCUAGAAGAACGAUAAGUAUAAGUAAUUUGUUGUAAUUAAAUUAAAAUGUAGAAAUUAAGCAUUGCAAUAUUCUGAAAGUGUUAUUUAUUCAAAACUUUACAAGUUUCGAAUAGUUGUCAGUUAAUAUGAGUUCUGUUUAUUAUACAAUUACAACCAUCAAUUUUUAUGUUAUAUUUUUUCGUACUAUUUAUUCGUACGACAAAUGUGGUUUUAUAUAUACAUAAACGAAAAGAGAGAAGUCCUUUCCAUGCAUGUGCAUUGUAUAUUUUAAAUUUUUAGAAAUAAAUUACAUUCUCUCUCUCUCUCUCUCUCUCUGAAAAACCUCAAACAAAAGUUGUCUUUUGUUUGUCGUUAUUAUGUUACAAAGUAUCUUAAAGUAUGUCGGGAAAGAACUUAAUUUGUAAAAGAUAUAUAAAUAGAACUCGUAAUAAAAAAAUCUAUAUUUUAAAUAAUAGCACAUCGUUCUAAGAAUUUUUAUUAUAAAUACAAAGAUGAGGCGAAGACAAUAUCACGUUUUAUAAGUUUGAUUGCUUCGCUGAAUUUAUUCUCUAAGUCCGUAUUUCCAAUAUUUUUUGCCGCUUGACACAAUUGCCUAAGAACUUCCUCUAAUCGCCGCAUACAUCGUAUAAUUGAACCUAGAUAAAUGAACAGAAUUGCAGCUAAGUUAGUUGGGAAGAAACUAAAUAUAAAGAUACAAUCGCAAACGAAUCAUACGAUAGACCCAACGUCUUACGGAAGUUUGUGUCACGAUUCUCAAGUACUAAUUAAAGUACUCAUUAAAAAUAUUUAUGAUUUUGCAUUUUAACCCUAAACCACUAAAAUUAGCAAAAAGUAGCCACGACACAAAAAUACAUUGGAUACUGUCUAUCUUAUAUUUCGUUUAUAAGGCAAUGAAACAAAAAAAAAAAAUAAAAAUCUGCAAUAUACCUUCAAA